CGCUCAAUCAUUCAGCACCUUGGACAGCAGCUCGCACUCGACUGCGGGAGAUAUUCAGGGUUCGGGUCGAGGGUACUCGCCUCCUCUCCUCCCAAAUAACUCAAAAGAAAGAAAUAGAGAAGGGGAUUUCACAGAAAAUCUGUCAGGCCGUGAAUUUUCUUUCUUUUCCCGGCAGUUUGUGAUCCAUUUUCGACGUUGGCUCGUCGCUAUACGCUGCUUCUCUGCAGCGUGUCUCCUCUGCGCCUGGGAUCCCAAACCACAAACGCUCAGCGUGAGUUUUGGUGUGUACCGCUAUUGAGUCUCGAUAAUAAUAAUAAUAAUACAUUCACCAAAGUCAAUUGUACUUUGAUAUGUUUCUGGCAUGGCUUCUGAGAAUGUUGGCUAGUUGGAUGCGAUAGGCUACCGUCCUGCGUAAGUGCCAUGAAGUUUCUUGGUUGUUCUCCAGCCUGGUUCAGGCUUUAAUGCGCACUGAACCUCUCUUCGCCUUUCCCCCCAAUUCAUCUACUUUAUUUGUGAUCAUCAGCCUUGCUUUGGAAAAUGAGAUUCUUCUGCGACUUUUUGUGCACAUAAAAUCCUGAAAGGAAGAAGAAACGAGGAGUCUGAAUUCGCCUGAAGCUGCAUCAUCUCCUAUGCCGUUUUAAGCGUCUCGACGGCACGUUUUGUGAUUUUCCAAGAGAAACGGUGAAGUGUAAACACAAGGAUAAAGAUGAAGAAGUUCCGGAAGGUUUUGGACGGGUUGACCACUUCAUCGCCUGUGAAUCCAGGCGGAUCUCCCGCGUGCGGCAGUGCGGCUGGGACCCCCAGUGCGGCACCAACACCGCGCGAACUGGAGAUCCAGGAAACGCUGAUGUCCGAGCACUUCCAGAUCUGUAAGACGGUGCGUCAUGGAUUUCCCUAUCAGCCCACAGCUCUGGCAUUUGACCCGGUGCAGAAGAUCCUUGCCAUCGGCACUCGUUCCGGAGGAGUACGUCUUCUGGGAAGGCCGGGAGUGGACUGUCAUUGUCAGCAUGAGAGUGGGGCGGCAGUUCUCCAACUGCAGUUUCUCAUCAAUGAGGGGGCGCUGGUCACAGCCUGUGCGGACGACACGCUGCAUCUCUGGAACUUACGACAGCGACGUCCGGCUAUCCUACACUCUCUCAAAUUCAACAGAGAGCGGAUCACAUUUUGUCAUCUUCCGUUUCAAAGUAAAUGGCUUUAUGUGGGGACAGAGCGUGGAAAUACACACAUAGUGAACAUCGAAUCCUUCGUUUUGUCUGGAUAUGUCAUCAUGUGGAACAAGGCCAUAGAACUAUCAACGAAGACACAUCCAGGUCCUGUUGUUCACCUGAGUGACAGUCCAAAAGAUGAGGGAAAGUUGCUGAUAGGUUUUGAGAGCGGUACAAUAGUAAUGUGGGACCUGAGGGUCAAAAGAGCUGACUUCAGGAUAUACUAUGAUGAGGCCAUUCACUCAGUAAGCUGGCAUCACGAGGGGCGGCAGUUCAUGUGCAGUCAUUCGGACGGCAGUCUGAGCAUGUGGAAUUUGAGAAACACAGCCAAACCUUUUCAAGUCACCUUCCCUCAUGGCAAGACUCAGAGAGACGGUAGAAAAGAGUCAUGUAAACCCAUUCUCAAGGUCGAAUACAAGACCUCCAGAAACAGUAGUGAAGCCUUUGUAAUCUUUUCCGGAGGACUUUCGUAUGAUAAGGCAGGACGGAGACCCACCUUAACCAUCAUGCAUGGCAAAGCCAUCACAGUGUUAGAGAUGGACUAUCCAAUAGUGGACUUCAUGGUGCUCUGUGACACUCCCUAUCUCAACGAGGUCCAGGAGCCAUAUGCGGUGGUGGUUCUGCUGGAGAAAGAUUUCGUUGUGGUCGAUUUAACCCAGAGCAAUUUUCCUAUCUUUGAGAACCCAUACCCCAUGGACGUCCAUGAGUCUCCAGUCACGUGCACUGCUUACUUUGCCGACUGUCCCCCCGACAUCAUACCUGUGCUUUACUCCAUAGGAGCCAAACACAAAAAGACCGGCUACAGUCACAAGGAGUGGCCGGUCAGUGGUGGCACAUGGACGGUUGGUUCGCAGACAUAUCCAGAGAUUAUCGUUACAGGACAUGCAGACGGAUCGAUAAAGUUUUGGGAUGCCACAGCGAUCACACUGCAGAUGUUGUAUAAGCUCAAGACAUCAAAGGUAUUUGAGAAUCCUAAGAGUGGAGACGUGGGACGCAGCGGCGAGCUUGUUGAGGAAGACCCCUACGCCGUUCAGAUGAUCAGCUGGUGCCCACAGAGCCGUAUCUUUUGUGUAGUCGGCAUCAGUGCCCACGUCAUCCUGUACCGCUUCAGCAAACAUGACGCCAACACCACCAUCACGUCCUUAGAGGUGCGGCUGCAGUGUGAGAUGGAGGACGUCAUCUCUCCGUCGGACACAGAGAACACUCCAUGUUAUUCAGACCCCAGCGGUCUCUCACCCCAACCACAACCCCCCAGUCCCCGCAGCAACACGCCGGACAGCGCGCGGGACAGCAUCCCUUGCCUCAAGGUUAAAGAUCGUAUGAUCCGAAUGCCUCCUGGAUACCAGGCGGAGCUGGUGGUUCAGUUAUUAUGGAUUGAUGGCGAGCCGCCACAACAAAUCACCAGCCUGGAUUUAAACUCUGCCUAUGGACUGUUGGCUGUAGGUAACUGCAAUGGUUUGGCAGUUGUGGACUACCUGCAGAAAACCAUUCUGCUGUGUAUGAACACCCUGGAGCUGUACGGAUCCGCAGACCCUUUCCAGCGACUAACACGCUCUCCUCGCAAAAACCGGCAGUCCACAUCAGACUUUUGCAUGCGCGGCCUGUCUAACUUUUAUUCCGAUUCAAAGAAACGGAUCCGUACUUCCUACCAGAGCCUUACGGAGCUUUCUGAUAAUCAGGUGUCUUUGGACCUAGAGAGGAGCAAGUCACCCACCUCAGCACCCUACUCCCCUUCCCUCCAUAAUGACCCUCGAGGCACAGGGGAACCUGUGUCCAACCUCCGGUCCUGCCACUACAGUCCUGUUUUUUACCUGUUGGACAAUGUCAAGGGACCAGGCAGAAAGUUAAGUCUACCCACAGAUCUUAAGACUGAUCUUGAUCAUGUGAAUGGACAUUGCACUAGCCCCACCUCCCAGCCCUGUCCAUCUGGGAGGGCCAGAGUCCCGGGGGGCCCUGAAGGGCCACGCCUUGCCCGCAGGGGGCCCGGCCGACCGCCCUUCCGCAAGGCCCAGUCCGCCGCAUGCAUGGAGGUCUCUUUGCCUGUGUCCUCCCUCACCGAAGGUCAUUCGUCUCGACGAGCCAUGCUGCAGCAGUUACACGGAGUCAGUAUGUACUCUCACGAUGAGCAUCACAUCACCACCUACUCCUGGAGCGAGAGAGAGAGUCGAGAAAACUCGUUCAGCCGUUCCCGGAGCUCUAGCGUUUCCAGCAUAGACAGGGAGACUAAAGAGGCCGUAACCACCCUGCAGUUUAUGGAGUCAUACGGGCGUAAAUCAGACCCCCUGCCCACGCCAUGCCUGUGGGUGGGCACAAGUCUGGGCCUGGUGCUUAUCAUCCCAAUGUCCAUCCCUAUGGAUGAGCAGGAACGUCAGGAAGACCCCGUUACUGUGGUCCCCACUGGCACAGUGUUAAUGCUGAAAGGCUCCAUUCUGCGGUUUAGUUUUCUGGAUUUUGGGGGCGCUCUUAUCCACAGUCCCUACGAGGUGUGGCGGGACCAACAAGCCCCAGGUGACCCAGAUCGACCCCGCAAGCGGAAACUGGUCAACUUCUCGCCCUCAUCUUCUCAAGAGGCCAGUGGAGACUGUCACUUAGCCGUGGUGUGUUCGGAGAAGCAGGCAAAGGUCUUCCUAAUGCCCACCCAGGCCUGUUUAUAUGUACACAACAUCACAGAGUCAUCCUUCGUGCUGCGGGCCGACGUGGUGUCGGUUUGUAACAGCGUUUGUCUGGCCUGCUUCUGUGCCAACGGACACAUCAUGACUUUGAGCCUUCCUAGUUUACGGCCUCUGCUAGACGUUAAUUACCUGCCGCUAACGGACAUGCGUAUUGCCAGAACAUUCUGCUUCACCAACGGAGGACAGGCGCUGUAUCUGUGCUCCCCCACAGAGAUACAGAGAAUCACUUACAGCCAGGAGAUGUGUGACAACCUACAGGAGAUGUUAGGGGAGCUCUUUACACCCAUCGAGACCCCUGAGGCACAGAACCGUGGCUUUCUCAAGGGCUUUUUUGGCGGCAACGCCCAAACCUUCGACCGAGAGGAGCUGUUUGGCGAGGCAUCAGCGGGUAAGGGGUCCCGCAGCCUGGCACAGCACAUCCCUGGACAGGGUGGAAUGGAGGGCAUGAAGGCAGCAGCGGGCGGGGUGGUGGGGGAACUGGCCCGAGCUCGUAUCGCCCUGGACGAGAGAGGACAGAGGCUGGGGGAGCUGGAGGAGAGGACCGCUCUGAUGAUGAGCAGCGCCGAAACCUUCUCUAAACACGCUCACGAGAUGAUGCUGAAAUGCAAAGACAAGAAGUGGUAUCAGUUUUAGAGGGUCCUCGAGGAGGGCGCACUCUCGUGUACUACUCUGGUACUUGGACUUUCACUCUUUAAAAGAGAGAGAGCGAGCGAGACGGAUGGAACGAGAGACUUAAGGGCUGUUCAGCUUCUCUUCUGUCUGUGUACAGGAUUGUCUUACUCUGAUUGGUUAAAAAGGCGAAGGCCAGAUUA